AUGUCUCUUUUAAAAGACGACUGCCCAAGUGAAAACGAAACCGUUUCUUGUCCAGUUUGUAAUCGAGAGUUUGAAAAAAUAAAUAUAGAAGAACAUGUUAACAAAUGUUUGUUUCUAAACACGGUUGCAGAAAAAAAAGCAAAGAGGAAUAACUCGCAUUUGAAAGGAAAUACCUUAGGGAAAAAGAUGAAAUUAGAUUCAAAUUUCUCAUCUAAAGACAAAGAAUCAACAAGAGAAUCACAUACUACAAGUCUUCCAAGUCCGAGUACACAAAAACUAAAGUUACAUGAAGGUGUCCCAUUAGCAGAGCAAAUGAGACCACUUCAUUUAGAUGACAUAGUUGGUCAAAUGGAAGCCUUUGGACCAGGUUCUAUGCUACGGUCUAUAUUGGAACAAAAGAAGGUUCCCAACAUGAUUUUAUGGGGCCCACCAGGCUGUGGAAAGACAUCAGUAGCCAAUGUUAUAGCCCAAAUUUGUAAAGAAAGUAAUAAUCUUCGGUUUGUCAAACUAUCUGCAACAAUGGCUGGAGUAAAUGAUAUAAAAGAAGUAGUUAAAAUUGCCAAAAAUGAGGCACAGUACAAAAGACAGACUGUCCUUUUUAUGGAUGAGAUACAUAGAUUUAAUAAACUUCAACAAGAUAGUUUCCUAGCACAUGUUGAGAAUGGCACUAUAGUUUUAAUUGGUGCAACAACCGAAAAUCCUUCAUUUAGUUUAAAUAACGCUCUAUUAAGUCGAUGCAGGGUUGUAGUUAUGUCAAAGUUGAGCGUUAAUGAUGUCCUUCAAAUAUUAGAAAGAACAGUUGAACGGAAAAAAUUAGCUAUUAUUGUAAAUUCCAUUAAAGAUAUAACUGAAGAAAAAUCCGAAUUACCAGAUACUGCAAUUAUUGAAAAUAGUUCACUUAACUGGCUGGCAGAAAUAUGUGAUGGUGAUGCACGUAUUGCACUUGGUGCUCUUGAACUCGCUCUUACUGUUGCAAAAGGUCAAUUAGGCACAAAAAAUAGUAAUGCUGCGCCUGUUAUCACUUUAGAUGAUUUAAAAAAUGGAAUAAAGAGAUCACAUGUGCUCUAUGACCGUCAAGGUGAAGAACAUUACAAUAUAAUAUCGGCAAUACAUAAAUCAAUUCGAGCAAGUGAUGAUAACGCAGCCCUUUAUUGGACUACGCGAGCGCUUCAUUCUGGUGAAAAUCCCUUAUACAUAGCACGACGACUGGUGCGAAUUGCAUGUGAGGACGUCGGACUAGGUGAUCAAAACGCAAUUGUCGAGGCUGUAGCGUGUCUUCACGGAUGUCAGCACAUAGGAAUGCCAGAAAGCGAUGUAUUGUUAGUUCAGUGUGCUGUUAGCCUCGCCAGGGCUCCUAAAAGCCGGGAAGUGUAUGACGCUAUGAAAAAGUGUCAACUCCACUUAAAAGAGACAAAAGGACCGCUUCCAUCUGUACCGUUGCAUUUACGAAACGCACCCACGAAACUUAUGAAAGAAUUAGGAUAUGCGAAAGGCUACAACCUUCUUCAUAAAAAUGAGUCUGGUCUAAGUUAUAUGCCAGAAGGUAUGGAAAAUGUUAACUUUUUAAAAUUGAAAUAA